AUGGCCUAUCUAAUCCUCUACAUAGACGACAUAAUUGUCACUGCCUCCACCGAUGCACUCCGCAACACUAUCAUUGUCGUCCUGAAAUCGGAAUUUCCAAUGAAAGACUUUGGCAUCAUCAAUUCUUUCCUCGGUAUCUCGGCCAAAUACAACGACCAGGGCUUGUUCCUCAAUCAAUCGCGCUACGCUGAAGACAUCAUCGCCAGAGCUGGAAUGUCAGAAUGUAAGCCUUGCGCAACUCCGGUUGAUCUCAAAUCCAAACUCGCUGAGGAAGCAGGCAAGCCAGUUGCAGAUCCGACCCAUUAUCGAAGUCUUGCAGGAGCCUUACAGUACUUAACAUUCACGCGUCCGGACAUAUCCUACGCAGUUCAACAGCUCUGUCUUUUCAUGCAUGUCCCACGAGAGAGCCACCUUCAAGCCCUCAAACGAGUCAUCAGAUACCUCAAAGGCACGACACAUAUGGGUCUGCAACUGUUGAAGAAACAAAACCUGCGUCUCACGGCCUAUACCGACGCAGACUGGGCCGGCUGUCCAUCAACGAGACAUUCGACCUCUGGCUUCUGUCUCUACCUCGGCGACAACCUCAUCUCCUGGUCAGCAAAACGCCAACCUACUGUCUCACGCUCGAGUGCAGAAGCGGAGUACAAUGGCAUCGCAAAUGCCGUCUCAGAAUCAUGCUGGCUACGGAAUUUGUUACUCGUAAUGGGAAGACCUCUCAAGCACUCAACCGUGGUUUUCUGUGACAAUGUUCAUCACGCAGGAGAAGCUAAAGAAAGUGAUGAAAUGAAAUCAAUGGGGAAGAAUCCAUAG